AUGAAUACAUUUUGUACUAUUAGUACAUUUGGUAUAUUUAGUACAUUUAGUACAUUUAGUACAUUUAGUACAUUUAGUACAUUUAGUACAUUUGUGAAUACUUCAAACCAUACACCAUUGAAUUGGGAAGAAAUAAAGAACAAUCUCGCUUGUGUUAAGAAACAAGGCAUUAGACAGUUUAUAUACCAGUACAAGAAACACAAGGAUAGGCGCAAUGAUCCUUUGUACUGGGGAGAUGAGAUUGAAUAUAUGAUUGUUAAGAUUGACGAUGAAGAAAAAACAACUAAGCUUUGUCUUAAGGCGAAAGAUGUUUUGGAGACCUUAAAUAAAGGCAAUAUAGGGAAUCCUGCUCCGAUAUGGACACCCGAGUUUGGAGGAUAUAUGGUAGAAAGUAUCCCUGAAAGACCUUAUUCAGAUCUAUUGACUUCCAUUUCAAAAGUUGAGUCGAGUAUGAAAGAAAGGCGAAAAGAGCUAACGUCUGUAUUAGAGCAGGAUGAAAUACCAUUUACUCUGCCAUCGUACCCAAGUAUUUAUAUGGAAGGUCUUGUUUUUGGUGCCGGGUGUUGUGGUUUGCAAACGACUUUUCAGAUGGAUACCUUGGAUGAAGCAAUAUACCUAUACGAUCAACUUGUAAACAUUUGUCCUAUUAUGCUAGCUUUAAGUGCAGCAUCUCCUGUAUAUAAAGGUUAUCUGUCUGAUAUUGAUACUCGAUGGCCAGUCUUAUCACAAAGUUUUGAUGACAGAACAGAUGAGGAAAAGGGUCAGAAGCCUUUAAAGAAAGAUAGAUUUAGAAUACAAAAGUCACGUUGGGGUUCUGUAGCAACCUACAUUUCACCAGAACAUUAUCAAUACAAUGACACAGACAUCGUAUAUGAUAAAGAUUCGUAUGAAGAACUGAAAAAUGAAGGAUUAAACGAAGCACUGUCCAAACACAUUGCAUAUCUUUUUAUUCGCGAUCCAUUGUUUCUAUGUAGCGAAACUCUUGAUCAGAAUGAAGAUUUGGACAUACAACAUCUUGAAAACAUCAACUCAACCAACUGGCAAACACUCCGAUUGAAACUACCUAUCUCUAAUACUAAUACUGGAUGGAGAGUAGAAUUUAGACCAAUGGAAGUUCAACUGAGCGAUUUUGAAAAUGCUGCUUAUGUUGUGUUCGUCUUUUUAGUGACAAGAAUUGCCAUAGCUUACAGGCUAAAUUUUAUCAUUCCAAUAUCAAAGGUUGAUGAAAAUAUGAGUGCUGCUAGCAAACGCAAUGCUGUAUUGGAGGAAAAGUUUUAUUUCAGGAGAAACAUAUUUACCGACAAGUCAAAAGCAGAAGUUAAAUUAACCCAGCCUGGUCAUUUGCAAUCGAAAAACGGUGAUGAAUAUUGUCAGAUGACAAUAGAUGAAAUAAUAAAUGGGAACGUGGAAUUUCCUGGCCUUAUUCCCUUGAUGAAAACAUACUUGAAAAGCAAAUGCGAAGAAACAGAUGAAGGCACAAAUUAUAUAAUCAAUAGUUACUUAAAACUUAUAUCGGACAGGGCCUCAGGUGCGGAACCAACGACUGCCAAUUUCAUCAGAAAGUUUGUAAUAACUCAUCCUUACUAUCAGCAAGAUUCAUUUGUGUCCGAUACGAUCAAUUAUGAAUUAUUAAAAGCAUGUGCAAAAAAGGCCGAUGGUGGUAUCAAGUGAAGGAGUAUAAGAUACUUGGCAACUUAAUAUUUGUGCAUUAUCGAAAAUAAAUUGAUUUGUAGCU